CGCCCUCUAUUGGUUUGCUGUCCGUCCUACAGCAACACCGUGUGCUGGACUAGACGGGGAAGGAUGUGGUCCUUUUUUGCACGGGAUCCUACCAAAGACUUCAACUAUGAAAUUUUACCAGAAAAUCAAGAAAAGUCAGGCAUAUGGACCCUUAGUCGGGGAAAACGCAAGACCACUGGUGAGCUGGUGUCAGUCUUUGUGUAUGAGGUUUCCCAGGGAACGGAGGAGCAGACGCAGCUUGCCAAAGCGGCUUUCAAACGCACCAAAACUCUCAGACAUCCCAACAUCUUGUCCUACGUAGAUGGGUUGGAGACCGAGAAAAGCUUGUACAUCGUCACAGAGCCAGUGACCCCUCUGGCUGCACACUUGAAGGUCCAGGCGGAGAAGACUGGUGCUAGUGAUUUAGAGGUGUCAUGGGGCCUUCAUCAAAUUGUGAAAGCGUUGAGCUUCUUGGUGAACGACUGCCAUCUCAACCAUAAUAACUUGGGCGUGUGGGCCGUCUUUGUGGACCGUGCUGGUGAAUGGAAGCUUGGAGGGUUGGAUCAUGUGAGCUCUGAUCAGGGAGACUCCAUCACUUUACCACCACCUAAAGUGAUCAACCCUGACAUGGAGAGAUAUGAUCCCCCAGAGAGCCCCGGCAGUGGUGGAGAAAAAUGGACAGGGGAUGUGUGGCGUCUCGGUUGUCUCAUUUGGGAAGUAUUUAAUGGAACUUUACCACGUGCCUCCUCGUUACGAUCUCUGGGCAAGAUCCCAAAGCAGUUAGUGCCACAUUACUGUGAGUUAGUGGGUGCAAACCCAAAGAUUCGUCCCAACCCUGCUCGGUUCCUACUGAACUGUAAAUCUCCUGGAGGCUUUAUGAACAACAGCUUUGUGGAGAGCUGUCUGUUUCUGGAAGAGAUACAGAUUAAAGAACCUGCAGAGAAGCAGCAGUUUUUCCAGGACCUGAGUGAGAAUCUUGAUUCUUUCCCUGAAGAUUUCUGUAAACAUAAAGUGUUGCCUCAACUCCUUACAGCCUUUGAGUUUGGCAAUGCUGGCGCUGUCGUUCUUACACCACUAUUUAAGGUAGGAAAGUAUUUGUCAGCUGAGGAGUACCAGCAGAAAAUCAUCCCAGUCAUAGUGAAGAUGUUCUCUUCCACUGACCGUGCCAUGAGGAUACGAUUGCUACAGCAGAUGGAGCAGUUUAUUCAGUAUUUGAAUGAAGCAGCUGUUAACUCUCAGAUUUUUCCACACGUGGUUCAUGGUUUCACAGACACAAACCCUGCCAUUCGAGAGCAGACUGUAAAGUCAAUGCUUCUGUUGGCCCCUAAACUGAACGAGACCAAUUUAAAUCAAGAGUUGAUGCGUCACUUUGCACGACUGCAAGCCCGGGACGAUCAAGGCCCCAUCCGCUGCAACACCACUGUUUGCCUGGGCAAAAUUGCCCCCUACCUCAAUGCUGGGAUGCGCCAGCGUGUAUUAAUCUCUGCAUUCUCACGGGCAACUAAAGAUCCAUUUCCUGCCUCACGUGCAGCAGGCGUGCUAGGAUUCGCUGCCACCCAUCAGUACUAUAGUGUGGCUGAAAGCUCCAAUCGUAUCCUGCCCACACUGUGCACACUGACUGUGGAUCCAGACAAAAACGUCAGAGAUCAGGCAUUCAAAGCCAUAAAAAGUUUCCUCAGUAAGCUGGAGACGGUUUCUGAAGACCCUUCUAAACUAUCUGAAAUAGAGAAGGAUGUGACUGCAUCAGCGCAGACAGGAGGGUCAGCUGCUACAUGGGCAGGAUGGGCGGUAACAGGCGUCUCAUCUCUCACCUCCAAACUCAUCCGAAAUGCUCCGGCUGGUUCGGAAGCACUGCCUGCUGAAAACAGCUCCUCAUCUCUACCCUCUGCUGCACCAGUAACCACAAAUAAUGAAAACAAAGGCCCAGAAAUGAGAGCACAGACUUCCAGUGCACGUAGGAUCCAAUCAGAGACAUCGAAUGAGGAAACAGUGGAGCCAAUUGGAGAUCGGUGGGAUGAUGAAGAUUGGGGAAGCCUUGAGGAUCCUGAGAAAGUACAAACAGAUCCAGACGAUUUGCAUUCCGAUUGGCCGGCAGUGUCCUCAACACAGAAGAAAAGCAGUGUGGGUCGGAAGUCCACUGAGGCAGUGAAGAAGCAGAGUUCUGAUUGGAGCUCAGGCUGGGAUGCCGACGACAGCUGGUCUAAUGAGAAAGAUGCAGAUGGUCAGGGUCAAAGUUCACCUGCUGAUGAGGGCUGGGGUAACGACUGGGAUGAUGAUGGUGGUCUAGCUGAGAGUUUCACGCCAACACAUAAAAAAAAAUCCUCAACUGGGGCUCCAAAGGGUGCCAGCAUAAGCGCUGCGCAAGAAGGGGUACGAUUGGCCAGCGAUUAUAACUGGGAUGGAGCAGAAGGAAAGUCAACAACAGCCGAUCUGUUCUCCAAUGUGUCACAACGAAGUACUAUGAAGUCUGAUGGCUGGGACGCAGACAGUGCUGGAGACUGGGGAACAGAAGAAAACUGGGAGUCACUGGAUGGAGAUCAGGGUUUAAGUAAAGCAGAAUUGGCAAAGAAGAAACGAGAAGAAAGGCGGAAGGAGCUGGAGGCCAAACGUGCAGAGCGCAAGGCAGCAAAGGGUCCUCUGAAACUGGGCGCACGCAAACUGGACUGAGCACUGGAGGUACAGCAGAACAUUGACUAUUUGAAGAUGAAAGGACUGCGAGAUUAUUUUAAAGAAACAUUCCGUGAUGUCAGAAAGGAGGAGAAGCCUCACAGCUGUCUGUAUGUUGGGCAACUUUGAAGAAUUGCAAAUCUUUCUGGGGAACAGCUGACACCAUAAACUAUGAUAUUCCUUUACUCUCCUCACAGUACUAUGAUUUUUAUAUUACACAAUAUCAUAGUUUACUGAGUGUGCAUGAACUCACUGCUUUGAGAAGUAUUGGGAGUCGAGGGAAAUUUGAACAAUAUAAUCCUAGAAAUCUUUGUAUGUACACACACUGAUUAUACUUUAAAUAUGGACAGAUUUGCCCUGAAUGUGGACUUGGAGGACUUUUGAAAAUGGAUGAUGUAGAGAAACUUAAUCAUGAUCCUAGGUGGAACAAUGUCAUUGAUAGAGCAUGUAUAAACAGACGAAUAUUUUCAAAGCAAAGGAAGAAUUCACUGCAACUCAUGAGUGACAUUGUGUUUUUUUUCUUGCCAUACGACAGGGUGAGGUGGAUGUUAUUUCUGGUUUGUGCCUUUUUCAUUCCUAGUAGGAGUUACUUUUUAUGUUGUAAAAUAAACUAAUCAGCAGAUGAUUUUGUUUUUAGUAAAUGAGACAGUCUGUGAGAUCUGGUGCAAUAUUUUCAGAAGGGGUCAUUCAUGUACUGUAUAAACACAUGCAAAAUUCAGCUUCAUAUUUAUGAUAAUAAAAAGGAGCCUGUCUUUGGA